GUCGCUAAUCUGGCACCCUCCAUCAUGCUCAAGCCGUGGUUCACAGACGAAGGGUGGCGCAUGUCGGCGGUGCCAUAUCUGGAAGGAACCCUCGCAUUCGUGUGUAUCGUUCAUGUGUUCGAGACUUACUUGGACUACCGCCAACACAAGAAACUGCACGAGACAACGUUGCCGGACAAGUUGAGCCGUGCGAUUCGCCAUGUCGACGAGCAAAACCAGGCCAAACCCAACAACGAUCACGUCCAAGACGACAACAAUGACCACGACAGCAACAAGUCGUCGCUGUUGGCGCAAACUACCGCCAAGUUUGAAACUAGUCGCCUGUACAGCCUCGACAAGAGUACGUUCAAGUUCGUCCACGACUCCUUCCACUUCGUCGACGGACUCGCCAUGCUCUUGCUCGGGUACAUGCCGUUCAUGUGGCAAACUAGCCGCCGUGUCCUCGCGUCUUGGGGCUAUUACGACCCCAUGGCCAACGAAAUCCCCUUGUCGCUUGUGUUUGUGACGCUCACGGCAGCGCGGGACAUGCUUCUCAGUCUUCCGUUCGACCUGUACGCUACGUUUGUGGUGGAGGAGCGUCACGGGUUCAACAAGCAGUCCCUCGGGCUGUUUUUUCUGGACAAGGUCAAGAGCACGCUGCUGACUGUCGCGAUCGGGUUCCCUGUGCUGUCGGCGGUGCUGUGGAUCGUCCGAUGGGGCGGCGACCUCUUUGUCGUGUACGUGUGGACGUUUACGUUUGUGGUGACGCUGAUCUUGAUGACGAUCGUGCCGACGUGGAUCAUGCCGCUGUUCAACUCGUUCAACUCGUUAGAGUCGGGCUCGCUAAGAGACGCAAUCGAAGCGCUGGCAGCGUCCGUUGCUUUCCCUCUGACCAAACUCUUUGUGUGCGACGGGUCCAAGCGGUCAAGUCACAGCAACGCGUACUUGUUUGGGUUCUUCAACAACAAGCGCAUUGUGUUGUUCGACACGUUGCUCACCCAAGCCAGCAACGCCGAGGUCGUGGCUGUCGUGGGCCACGAACUCGGCCACUGGAAGCUGUGGCACACGGUGCAGAAUCUCGUCGUCCAGCAAGUGUACAUUGGCGCCAUGUUUGCCGUGUUUGCCAGGUUUGAUCGUACAAUCGCGUCAUUACGGCGGUUUGUCGAUUAUAUAAGUGUGUGGUAGAUGCAUGCACGACCGCGACUUGUUUGCCAGCUUUGGCUUUGAUUCGCAAUCCGUGGACCUUCCGGUUGUCAUCAGCCUCACGCUGUUCACGUCCACCGUGUGGGCACCCGUGGACAAGCUGCUCCAGUACGUCGUCACCGCCAACACCCGCGCCAACGAGUUCCAAGCUGAUGCGUUCGCUGUGGAUUUGGGCCAUGGCGAACCGCUGCAGUCGGCGCUGACCAAAAUCUCGCUGGAAAACUUGGCCAAUAUGAACCCCGAUACUUUGUACAGCGCCUACCACUACAGCCACCCGCCGCUCGUCGAGCGCUUAGCGGCGAUCUCCAAGCGGAUGCAAGACCGGCGCAAACACGAAUAAUAGUACAUAACUAGUAUUACUUCUACCUUUGUUCCAA